UCUAGACAUCCAGAAAAGAUUCUAUUUCGGAUACAGAUUUUAGACUAUGAGAAAGUCCAAUCAGAGAACAGGAAUAGAUUUUUUUAUACUACUCACUCUUAACAUACUUCUUUUCUGUAUUUUCCCUUAAGCUUUUCUUCAUUUUAAAAUGAAAAUUACAAUAUCUGUAUAACUGUCCGUGUAUGUUAUAUGAAAUAACGUGCAUGACAUAUAUAAAUAACCCGUUCUGCAUCUACCACGUGUUUAAACUCUAAAUGCUAUCUUUAAGAGCAGCAGACAGGAAGGGGCGGAGCGCCAGCGGCUGCCAGUGCCUGAGCGCCGCUAGGGAGGAAGGGGCUGCAGCAGAGGCGCGGGCGUGAGCACUGAGGUCGCUUAGUGCUCCCGCCCCUCCCCAUCCCGGCCGUCGGUGGGGGUCUGCGGGAUCUGCGGGGCCUGCGGCGACUCUCGACACCAAGCACUGGGCGAGCGGCAACGCCGAGUCCAUGGCCAUCGCGGCGGCUCCCUCUUCCUGGACCCUCGGGGUUUCGAGCCCGGCUGCGGCCCCCAGCUCCUACGGGGUAUUCUGCAAGGGGCUCUCCCGCACCCUGCUCGCCUUCUUUGAGCUGGCCUGGCAGCUGCGCAUGAAUUUUCCGUACUUCUACGUCGCGGGCUCCGUGAUCCUCAACAUCCGCUUGCAGGUACACAUUUAGAGCCGUGAUCACGCUGACGGCUUCCCGGGCCAGCACAAUGGUGGGCUUCCAAGCAGCCCGGCGGCCAAGCGGAGCUGCGAACGAGAACCUCCGCAGUCUCGCGAGAGUGCGCGAGCUCCCUGCGUGGCUGCGCUGUCCGCUCUUAGCCGCUCUCCUGGGACGGUCGCGGGAAGCCCACGGUGACUGAUGAGAGAAAAUGCGCAGUUUGCCGGGAACAGCGAAGAAUUUAAUUAAGGCUCACGACAAUAUUUAAGAAGCUGAGUCCUUACAACAAAAACAGGACUGAUAGGAUGCAUUAUAGAAAAGGAAAGCUCCUAAAUUUUCAGGAAAAAAAAUAUGUGAAACAAGCCCGUGGUCCAAAUUAAAAUAAGUUCAUAAAUUUCGAGAAUAUUGAAUUGGAUUGUAAACAAGACGUUGAAUAAGAAACUGAAGAUCUUGAGGAUGUGAUGUGGAAGGUACAUUCCACCAGAGAAAACAAUGACAAUUGGAAAUUUUCAUUGGGGGAAAAAAGCUACAGGAAAAGCAUCCUAAUACAAAACAACGUAAAAUGCUGCAGGAUUUUGAACAGAGUUAGAGUGUGAGAAAAUGGGCUCUAUUUUAGUGUUCCUUGUGAGUAGCGUGUGGUUCAAGACCUUGAAGCUAAAGAGAAAUCCAAUUAUAGCAGAAAGCUUGGCUUUUUAAUGAAUAACAUUUAAAUAAUAAUUAAUGUAAAUGUUGUUUAUGGUCUCUUUCUUUUAAGAGAACACAAUUAUGGUUACAAAGUAGAAUGCAAAUAUUAUCACUCUUUAUAUGUUGAAAUACAGAUUUCAGGUGGGGAAGAUAAAUGGAAUGAUAGCGGGUGUCCUUACAAAGUUGAAAGAUAGUUUCAUGUUGAAGCACAAAGACAUUUAAAGAGUAGCUGUAAGUUGCUAAAAUAACUAUAACUAUAUUAAAGAGGGAAGAAAGUAGAGAACAGGAAGUCAACAAGAAAUGCCUAAAUAUGCAGAGUGUGGUGAAAUAUCUUAGAAAAACAGACUACCUGGUGUGUUCAGAUAUAGUCAAAAUUUUUUAGUUUUCCAGAGUCUGAAAAUGAAUUAUUAGUCUGUAGAUUUUUAAAAAAUUAACCAAAGGAAGUUGAAAUUAACCCUAGGAAAAAUAAAAAUUUCAAAAACUAUACUGAAUACCUCAACUGUGAAUAAUACUAGUCAUAUAAAGUCAGUCAUAAUUAUGUAAACACUAACUAUGGAUUUAACAAGAAAUGAUUAUGUAACAUUGGGGGGCUUGAGAGGAGAGAGAUGUAUGUAAUGGUGAAUCAGUCAAGAUCUAGUAUAGAAGAGUCAAAACAGUAUUGAACAUGUAAUUCAGAAAAACUACAAUAAGAAAGCUAAAAGUUUGAAGUGGUUAUCUGAGAAAAAAUCGGGGAUGGGUAGAGAAAAGAUAGAAGAUUGCUGUUUUCCACUACCAAUAUAACAAUAUUGUUUUGAUUUUUCUUAACUAUAUAUAUAUUUAUUCAUUUGAUUAAAAAUGAAAUAAAUUUUAUUUUUAAAAUUGCUCAGGUAGUUGAAAUGUACACCACUGGUUAAGAGCCACCAGAGUAAAAGAAUUGACUUCUUAAAUCAGGCAGAUCUUUGAUUUAUUUCUUUGAUUAAAAAUGAAAUAAAUUUUAUUUUUAAAAUUGCUCAUGUAGUUGAAAUGUACACCUCUGGUUAAGAGCCACCAGAGUAAAAGAAUUGACUUCUUAAAUCAGGCAGAUCUCUCUUAAAAUACAAACUGUAAUUUUGUGGUCUUACGUGAGUCCAUUAAUCUGCCAAAACGUUUGUUUCCUCAACUAUUAAAUGAGAGUAAAAUACCCACCUUAAUUGGUCAAUCUGAGAAUUAAAAAACUAGCCUGCUUUAGUGCUUGAUAUAUGCAUAAUAUACAGUAUUUGUUAUAACAAUAUCUCAUUAACAUGUAAAUAAAACUUAAAACUCA